CAGGUAGCUGAAAGCCAGGAUAGCUUUGACAGCCCAGCUACAAUAGUUGUUGAAGUUGUAGAAGAGCAAAUAUUUCCACGAUAAUGACUCCCGCGGGGCCGAUCCCGGGGCGGGCACCGAGCGGAGUGGCGCGGGCUGCCCGGAGCCGGCGGAGGCGCGGCCGCCCCGGGAGGGCUCUGCGCGGUUCGGCCGCAGUGUUGGAAGUUUAUAUGGAUCAGUGGUACGUGCUUAAGAGUAACAGUGGAGAUCAACACUAAGUCUGUUCCUGUAGAUUAAAUUGCAGACUUGAGGCUCUGGACCGACUCACACCAUCGGCAUUUUACUGCUUCUUAGGCUGGUGAUUGUUCCUGAGAAGACAGAAGAUGAUGAGUGAUGCAAGUGACAUGCUCGCUGCAGCCCUGGAGCAGAUGGAUGGCAUUAUAGCAGGUUCCAAGGCGUUGGAAUACUCCAAUGGCAUCUUUGACUGCCAGUCUCCCACCUCCCCAUUCAUGGGGGGCCUGCGGGCACUGCACCUCGUGGAGGACUUGAGGGGCUUGCUGGAGAUGAUGGAAGCAGAUGAGAGGGAGGGGCUGCGCUGCCAGGUCCCAGACUCCACGGCGGAGGCUCUCAUCGAAUGGCUCCAAAGUCAAAUGACUAAUGGACACAUAUCUGGGAAUGGAGAUGUUUAUCAAGAAAGGCUGGCUCGUCUGGAAAAUGAUAAGGAAUCUCUUGUUCUGCAAGUAAGUGUGCUUACAGACCAGGUCGAGGCCCAAGGAGAAAAGAUCCGGGAUCUGGAGUUCUGCCUGGAGGAGCACAGGGAGAAGCUGAAUGCCACAGAGGAGAUGCUGCAGCAGGAGCUUUUAAGCAGAACAACCCUUGAAACUCAGAAGCUGGAUCUUAUGGCAGAGAUUUCCACUCUGAAAUUAAAGCUUACAUCUGUAGAGAAGGAUAGAUUGGACUUUGAGGACAGAUUCAGAGACACAGAGGAUUUGAUCCAGGAAAUAAAUGAAUUGCGGUUGAGGGUGGGAGAAAUGGACAAUGAGAGACUCCAGUAUGAGAAAAAACUGAAAACAACCAAAUCUUUAAUGGCCAAACUUUCUAGCAUGAAAAUCAAAGUGGGUCAGAUGCAGUAUGAAAAGCAGCGGAUGGAGCAAAAAAGCCAGAUGCUAAAGGAUGAACUGUCAGCUCUGAAAGACAAACUAGAGCAGAAGGAAGCCGAGGUGAAAAGGUUGCACGAAAAAUUGGUUUGCAAGCUGAAAGGAGAAGGGAUUGAAAUACUGGACAGAGAUGAAAAUUGUAAAAAGAAGCUCAAAGAUAAAAAUAUAGAGGUACAGAAAAUGAAGAAGGCGGUAGAAUCUCUAAUGGCAGCAAAUGAAGAGAAGGAUCGGAAGAUAGAAGAGCUUCGGCAAUCACUGAACAGGUACAAGAAAGUCCAAGACAUGGUGAUACUGGCUCAAGGUAAAAAAGGCAAGGAAAGUGAAAGUGAAGAUUUGAAUUCAGGGUCUGUUUCCACGGGUUUGUUGGACACACCAAGUCUGACUGACCCAGAGAAAAGCCCAUCCCCAACCCCAGUAACAGCAUCUCCAAUCCAUGAUGAGUUCAAUGUAAAUAUUCAUGAAGAGAAUUCGUUACAGAUCCACACCAGCAUUUUACAGAUUUCAAUCCCUUCCUUUUCAUCGACAUCCAAGAGCUCAGAAACUGUUGCAGAGAGACUGAAAACACACUCUAGGCCAGAUCCUGCAAGUGAAAUGAGUGAAGGAAGAUCAGCAGGUUCCUCCCCUGAAACUCAUCUGUGUGAUAGUCCAGUAACUUCCACACUGCAGAAGUCCAGCAGUCUGAGCAGUUUGAGGAAAGGCACAUCUGAAGUGGACAGAGACUGUGCACAGAAGCCAGCAGAGCAGGUUAAACCUCCUGUGGAAGGCAAUAAUUUUGCAACCCUCCCUCCCAAGUCUCCUUCCCAUGGUGGCACAGGCGAUGAGGACAGUUUCGGCACCCGCAAAGCCAGGUCUUCCUUUGGCAGAGGCUUUUUCAAGAUAAAAAAUAACAAGAGGACUGCAAGUGCCCCCAAUCUGGAUCGCAGUCGAAGUGCAAGUGCACCUACUUUAGCUGAAACAGAGAAGGGAUCUGCAGACCACUUAGAUCUGGCUGGCUUGCCCCCUCGCCCAAAAGAAGCAGAUAGUCUGCAGAUGACACCACCUUCUCCAGAUUCCAGGAAAAAGGCCAAGGGAAUCAAGAAGUUGUUUGGAAGACUUAAAAGAAGUCAGUCCACCACCUUCAACCCAGAAGACAUGUCUGAGACAGAAUUCAAAAGAGGAGGGACAAGAGCAACUGCAGGGCCCCGGCUGGGCUGGUCUCGGGACCUGGGGCAGUCCCACAAUGAGCUGGACAUGCCAUUCGCAAAGUGGACCAAGGAGCAGGUCUGCAACUGGCUCCAGGACCAAGGACUUGGCUCUUAUAUCAAUAAUGGCAGGCACUGGAUAUUGUCUGGACAAACCCUUCUGCAGGCUUCUCAGCAGGAUCUGGAAAAGGAGCUUGGGAUAAAACACCCUUUGCAUCGGAAGAAGCUCCAGCUUGCACUGCAGGCACUGGGAUCUGAAGAGGAAAACAACCAUGGAAAACUGGAUUACCACUGGGUUACAAGGUGGCUGGAUGACAUUGGCCUGCCCCAGUAUAAGACCCAGUUUGAUGAGGGGAAGGUGGAUGGCCGCAUGCUCCAUUACAUGAGUGUGGAUGACCUGCUGUCCUUGAAGGUCAUCAGUGUCCUUCACCACCUCAGCAUCAAAAGAGCCAUUCAGGUUUUGAGAAUAAACAACUUUGAGCCCAACUGCCUGCGCAGGAGGCCGUCUGAUGAGAAUAAUGUGACACCUUCCGAGGUCACCCAGUGGACCAACCACCGCGUGAUGGAGUGGCUGCGCUCCGUGGAUCUGGCAGAGUACGCACCCAACCUGCGGGGCAGUGGAGUGCACGGGGGGCUGAUGGUUUUGGAGCCCCGUUUCAAUGUAGAAACCAUGGCCCAGCUGCUGAACAUCCCACCCAACAAGACGCUGCUGAGGCGGCACUUGGCCACUCAUUUCAACCUCCUGGUGGGGCAGGAGGCCCAGCAGCAGAAACGUGAAGCCAUGGAGUCCCCUGACUACGUCCUCCUGACAGCAACUGCCAAAGUCAAGCCAAAGAAACUUACCUUCAGCAAUUUUGGGAGCCUGAGGAAGAAGAAGCAAGAUGAUGUGGAGGAGUAUGUGUGUCCUAUGGACCUGGGGCGAGCAUCUGGGAGUGGAUCGAAGAAGGGCUUUAAGCCUGGCCUGGAUAUCCGAGUAUACGAUGAUGAUGAUUUGGACAGGCUGGAGCAGAUGGAAGAUUCAGAAGGGACAGUGAGGCAAAUAGGAGCAUUUUCUGAAGGCAUCAACAACUUGACACACAUGCUGAAGGAAGAUGAAAUGUUCAAAGACUUUGCCACUCGCUCUCCUAGCACCAGUAUAACAGAUGAGGACUCCAACGUGUGACAGUCACCACCAGGCACUGACAAAGGCAGUUCUCCUGCAUGCAAGGACAUCCCUGUUCCACGUGACAGGCAGCAGAUCAUGUACUUUACAUUGCUCUUGCUUCUGUUUGUUGGAAGUAACACUGAGGGGUGGAGAAUUUUAAAGAGAAAAGGAGAAAAAACAAGGUGCCUACUUAAGUUGCCGUAAAAACCACCCAGACACUGGUGAAUGGUAAUUGUUUUAACUCUAUUUAAUGUAAAAACUGGUGGUAUGUUUCAGAGUGUUGCCUUGACAUCGAUGUGGUAUGAUAGUGCUCCUUUUGCUUAUUUGUGGCCUCAGAUAAUCCUUUAUACUGUUUGAAAAGAACAGAAGAUGUUAGGUGAAAGUGUUGCAUCUGUAGAUACAGCACAUCAGCUCUCUGCGCUCUCAGCUGAAAAAUAGAAGUUACUGCUCUUUUCUAAGUGCUUUUCUUUGGCACAAGCACCAGUUCAGCCCUAUCCAAUGUAGGAUUCUAGAGAUCCGUGUCCUGUGUAAGCUCCCCUGUAGCUCUUGACUGUUGCUCCUAUUUUUAUACUGUUUUGUAUUAAAAAAAAAAAAAAAAAAGAAAAAAUAAGUAUAUGAGGUACAUAUAAAAGCAAAAAUUUAAAUUUUGUGAGAUAGAGUGAUGGAAAGUUGCAGGUGUGCAAGGGAAAGAGAGAAGGUUGUAAAAAAAUUAUGCCAGUUUGCAAACCAGCUGGUUACUGGGAAAGGCAGGCUGACCUUUGGAACUGUUUGCUUUUGUUGCUUUUUACUGAGUGCACAGUUUAAUGAUCUUCCAUUUUGAGAUGAAACAAUUCUAAAGCAUGUUUCUUCUGGCAGUGGCUCAUCCAGAAACUGCACAUUUUAAAAUGUCUUCUUUCUUGUCCCUGGCAGCAGUAGUUAGUACAUUCAAUAAAGUUAUUAACACUU